AGGACACACAGGCCCAAAUCCUCUGCUCUGUAUUAACACUCUGCCAUACGCCACCAUCCCAAACAAUCCUGCCACAGCUGCAGGUGGCACCCAUGGCCCAGUGAUUAACAUGAAAUAGAUCUGUUAUCUAGAGAGAGAGAGAGAGAGAGAGUGUGUGUUUUAGGGAGAGAGAGGCAGCGGAGGACAUUUUGCCCACACCCGUAUUGUCACUGGCUUGUCUCACGGGGAUAAGGCCUGCGUCGUCUUCCUUCAUUCUUAUAAUAUAUAUAUACGCGGGACGACGGCACGUCUGUCUUCCUGCCGUCUCCAGCGCGCGUGUGUGACGUCACACAGCGCUCAUAUCCCCUCGCUGCGGUGUCAUGUUAAACUCGCUUUCAUCAAACGGCAUCCAGGUCCCGCUGCCCUGCUGCACUUAGCUAUGCGUGGUGCAUUUUUAAUGCACAGUAAUAAAUAUUUUGUUAUGACAGUCGUAAUUAUGUAUUAAUGUCCUAUUAAUAGCAGAGUAUUAAUACCCUGCCUUAUAUCAGUCCUGAUGGGGGCUGGACGGUAUACACACGUUCUAAUUUCAGCAGUCCGGCAGCACCGUAUCCCCCAGAGGUAUUAUAAAUAUUAAUGUGUUCUCAAGGCGUUGAUGGAGCACUGAGCCUCGGUAUGGGAACUCCCGCUCGCGGGUCAUGUUCUUCAUAAAUCCUGUAGCCUCGGCGAACAGACUGCCCUGCGUGUGUACAGCGGUGAGGCUCUCCUUAUUAAAUUCACACCAAUCGCAGUCGUUUCGUCGCGAGAAGUCAGAGAAUUGAGGAAAACAAAAAACUUAUCUCUACAGGUGGGGGGCCAAAAAAAAAACGUGACACAGAACCACCGGCAUUUACAGUCAAUCUUUAAUUGCUAUCGAUUGUCCUGACAGCGGCAGGACGCUGCCGUCGAUGCGAUGACAAAUGAGGGUUAAGGACGACGUACUGAGCAAUUUCAUGGGUGGGUUACCUUCGCCCGCAGGCGGUAGGUUUCUCAAGGCACAUUCGACAGCCCCCCUCCCCCCCCCCCCACCAUCUCUCCUAAAUCAGAACACGUACAACAAAUUUUCUAUUUUUCAAAUGGGCCGGCGGUACGCUGCCAAAGACGUUACGGUGCCAAUAAGGUACUGCUCCGCAUCCCGGCGAACCUCGCGUUCAGUGAUGUUUUUAUUUUAUUACGUGUGCACGUGGGGAGAGGGGGGAGGUCACGCUGGGUUAAGUGAGUCGUCGCUGCGUAUCUAACCUGCGGAACUAUUUUAAGGCUCACAUCAGCCUGAGGAAUCGCCGUAUUUCAGUGGUGCUGCGUCUCCACCCUCGCAUCCAGUCGCCCUCCCCCUUAUCACCCCCUCCCCCUCCUACUCCCCCUCCGCGCGCAUAAAGUAGGGUCGCAGCGCGUGGAAGUCUUCCCUCUGCUCCCUUCGCUUUAACACCUCCCUCCCCGCGUUCGACUGUCAAGUUCAAUCUGGAAACCGCGACCGCUUAACGAACGCCGGAAAGGCGAGCAACGCAUAUGACCUCACCAUCAUAGCAAAACCGACCUGUGGGUAGGGUCUUUUGAUUAGGGGGUUUCGGCGCACCUCCCUUCUCCUCCACACACACACCGGUUUCGUAAACAUGCACACCCACCAAUCACGCGCUCCUCUCGGUUCGUGGCAGAAUUAACAAACCGCAGCCAGAUAGCCUACCUUUCCUCCCGCCACAUCCGAAGGCUCGCAGUCAUUGUUCUGCCGCUUGUCAUCUCAUCUCGCUUCGUGUAGCCUAUUUUGCGCCUCGCUGAACGAGACCGUGGUGAAGUGGUUGUGAUAAAACGGCAUUACCGGACCAUCCCUGUCGCUCUUCGGUCACCGGACUGCGCGAGCGGAAUGUUGCGGCUUUCUGGGGACUGAAUCUCCUGACUCAUCGGAGGUGGAAAUAAACGCCACCGGUGCUCCGUGGCUAUUUCCUCUCCUGGCGGCUCACUGUUCUCCACGUUGCGGUUUGAUUUUUCACAGGACGGCGAGCUUGGCUUGAUUAGCGACACCAAGCGUAAACUGCUCAAUAAACUUGCUGCUGAUGACAAUGGAUCUGAAAGAGGAAGCGGACCAGAUGGACUGCCACCAACCGCCUCCGAUAGAAGUCUUCGCCGGUGUUUCCACGCUGCACGGCAUAUCCCACAUCUUCUCCUACGAGCGGGCGUUCGUCAAGCGCUGUCUCUGGGUCGCCUUUUUCCUGGGCUCGCUGGCCUUCCUGAUCUGCGUGUGUAUUGACCGCGUCCAGUUCUAUUUCGAGUACCCGCACGUCACCAAACUGGACGAGGUGAUGGCGCCUAUGAUGAUGUUCCCGGUCGUCACUUUCUGCAACCUCAACUCCUUCCGCUUCAGCCAAGUGACGCGCAACGACCUGUACCACGCCGGGGAGCUCCUCGCGCUGCUCAACCGCAGGUACGAGAUUCGGGACACCCACCUGGUGGAGGAGAGCGUCCUGGAGACGCUGAAGGUCAAGGCGGACUUCCACAACUUCAAGCCCCGCCCCUUCAACAUGCGGGAGUUCUACGACCGCUCCGGCCACAGCAUCAGGGAGAUGCUGCUGUCCUGCCGUUACCGUGGCAGCGAGUGCAGCGCGGAGGACUUCAGAGUGAUCUUCACUCGUUAUGGGAAGUGCUACAGCUUCAACACGGGGCAGGAUGGGCGCCCCCUGCUGGUCACCACCAAGGGCGGCAUGGGGAACGGGCUGGAGCUGAUGUUAGACAUUCAGCAGGACGAGUACCUGCCUGUGUGGGGGGAGACCGACGAGACUUCGUUUGAAGCGGGGAUCAAGGUGCAGAUCCACAGUCAGGAUGAGCCCCCUUUCAUCGACCAGCUGGGGUUCGGAGUCGCCCCCGGAUUCCAGACCUUCGUCUCCUGCCAGGAACAGCGGCUGGUGUACCUGCCCCCACCCUGGGGUGACUGUAAGGUGACCCCGAUGGACUCUGAGUUCUUUGACAGCUACAGCAUCUCUGCGUGUCGCAUCGACUGCGAGACGCGCUACCUGGUGGAGAACUGCAACUGCCGCAUGGUGCAUAUGCCAGGAGAUGCUCCUCACUGCACCCCAGAGCAGUACAAGGAGUGUGCCGAUCCAGCACUGGACUUCCUGGUAGAGAAGGACAGUGACUUCUGUGUGUGUGAGACACCGUGCAACGUCACGCGCUACGGUAAGGAGCUGUCCUUCGUCAAGAUCCCCAGCAAGGCCUCCGCCAAGUACCUGGCCAAGAAGUUCAACAAGUCAGAGCAGUACAUUGGUGAUAAUAUUCUGGUGCUUGACAUUUUCUUUGAGGCCUUGAACUACGAAACGAUCGAGCAGAAGAAAGCGUAUGAAGUCGCCGGACUGCUGGGCGACAUCGGGGGCCAGAUGGGGCUCUUUAUCGGAGCCAGCAUCCUCACCAUCCUAGAGCUGUUUGACUACCUGUAUGAGGUUAUUAAGUUCCAGCUGUGUCGUUGCUCUCAGAAGAAGCACAAGAACACCAACAACAACGAGCAGGGUGCUGUACUGAACCUGGAGCCUGUACAGCGUCACACCCCCUGUGAGAAUCUCCACCCCCCAUCCAUGUAUCCUGCCAACAUGCUACCUCAUCAGCCGGUGCAGGGCAACUUCGAGGACUUUACCUGCUGAGCCAAUCAGAGAGGAGCAAGGGGGCGGAGACUCAGACUGAGAUUCCAGAGUCAAGAACACCAACUUGAAUAUCUCAGUGACUUUUACAGACUGUUUCAGUGAAAUAUAUAAACAAAUAGAGACAAAACUAGCAGCAGCAACAUCCAAGGCAAGCAAAAGCCUUGUACUGUUGUGGGACUCUAUCACACUGUCUGAGAACUGUCACCCCCUGAACAAGGAACAUUUUCAGGACUUUGGGGUGAAGCCUAAGACAGCGGGGUACCCAGAGCUGGGCCAGUGUGGUCCUCACAGACUCCAAAAGGGGGGAAAUGGGGGAACCUGGAUCAGGAAAACAGCUGUGGACAGCCCAAAAAAGGACCACUCCAACACAGAGGAGACGCUGAGCUGUUCGGACUGUGCACUCAGGAGGGGGGGGAUCUCGGGUGAGAGCCUCGGAGGUCAAACCCAGAUACAUUUCUGUCAGGUUGCCACAGGACUAAUGAGACGAUUUUCCUCUCAAGAGCAUUAAAAUUACAUCUGACCUGACAGGUGCACCCUGGGAUACUGGGGGUGUGGAAGGCAGCGAGUUCUACUCAGAGCUGCUGAAUUAAAUAUUUGCUUAAUUUCUCCAGGUUUCACCAUAAAAAAGCAUGCUUGUCUUUGUCCUUUUGUGUUUUUGUAUUGCUAUAUUUAUCUCAUUUAUGUACAGGGUGAAAUAUGGGUGUGUGCGUAUGUUCAUCAGAGAGCGUGUGUCAGAGUGUACAAGAGCAUGUGUGUCAGUGAGAAUAUGUCUGUGUCUGUCAGUACAUUAUGAGUGUAUGCAUGCAUCGUCGUGUGUGUGUGUAACUGUGUGAGCAUGUACAUGUGUGAGAGCGUAUGCAUGUGUACAUUCAUGCAUUUAUUUAAGUAUGUGUGACCAUAUGUAUAUCUGUCAAAAAGACUCCCUGAUCUCAUAAAUGAUUUGAGGAGUAAGAGUGCUUUCAUUUUUAAGUAUAUGAUUGAAGUAUAUGAUUGUUGUAUUUACUGGGAAGGAUUUGAUUAAACGUGUGGGAAAAAACAAAUGAAUUCAAGUAAAUUUCAAUUUCAGGUAAGAUUGCAAUUAUUUUGCUAAAUAUUGGAAAAAUUUGGAAAUUUUGGUUAAAUGGAAGAGCGAAUGAAAUCAGUGAUGAUUUCUUAAUUCUUCACAUAUGAUGGUGUUCCACUAUGGACCUUUAGGGAACCAAAAAAGAAAACUUCUAAAAACGUCUGAUUUCAGCCCUAACCAGAGCAGGCUGAGUAAAUUUCAGUUAUUUUAAACCAAGAGAUUUGGAGUUCAUUCUCUUUUGCUAAAUACAUAACAAUGACCUAGUUUUGCGAUGCGUUAUUGUGUGGUCUUUUUUGCACAUUUUAGCCUUUUGGUUGUGGAUGGGGUUGCGAUUUGAGUUAUUAAAAAAUUAUGUUUUAAUCAUUGCAGUGACUGUCAUCGCUCUCAGAACUCUGCAGGAUGUUUACCUUUCACUGAUGAGGACUUGAUGUGAUGUGAUGUACUUGAAAAAUAUCAUAUCAAAGCACAACAGUACCACCAUGCGUAUGUAAAUAGCUUUCAUAUAUAUGCAUAUGUAUGUAUAUAUAUGUGUGUGUAUGUGUGUGUGUGUAUAUAUAUACAUAUAUAUAUAUACACACACACACAAAUAUUGCAGACUAUGAAUAUUAUUAUUCUGACAGCUGUUAUGGUCAUUAUUAUUAAUAUUGUAAUAACUCGCUUCUGUGUGUUUUUGUUUUUCUAAGAGAUUAAAAUGAUAUGUGAUCAUUCAGCCUGUUUUCCCAUAACAGGCUGUUAUACGGAAACAAUGCUCUAUAUUAAA